UGACUGGACUGCAGCUGGGGUCUGGCCGCCGGGCGUCCGGAGACAGACCGGCCACCCCUUUUCGGAUCUCUGUGAGGCGACGAGGGACAGCAGGCCUGGAGCGUCGCGGUCGGGGCGGGGGAGGGAACCUGUCCGCCCGCCCCGGGGACAGCCCGUGAAGCCAUCACCGCCUUUUUGGGGAACCCGCCCCGCCGUCCAGGCCUCCAUGCAGGUGGAACAGGUUGGAAACCACUGACUGGGUCACAGCUGCAGGUGGCACUGGAAACAUUCUGGUUCCUGGACAUGCCCGGUGGAAGGAGGGGCCCCAGUCGGCAACAGCUCAGCCGUUCAGCUUUACCUUCUCUACAAACCUUGGUUGGAGGAGGCUGUGGCAAUGGAACAGGUCUAAGAAACAGGAAUGGUAGUGCUGUUGGCCUUUCAGUCCCUCCUAUCACAGCCUUAAUCACUCCUGAGCCUGUACGUCAUUGCCAGAUUCCAGACUUGCCUGUGGACGGGAGCCUACUCUUUGAGUUUCUCUUCUUCAUCUACCUUUUGGUAGCCCUGUUCAUUCAGUACAUCAACAUCUACAAAACUGUGUGGUGGUAUCCUUACAAUCAUCCUGCUUCUUGUACUUCACUGAAUUUUCAUCUCAUUGAUUACCACCUGGCUGCAUUUAUCACAGUGAUGCUAGCAAGGAGGCUUGUCUGGGCGCUCAUCUCAGAGGCCUCUAAGGUGGGUGCAGCAUCUGUGAUUCACUACGUGUUACUAAUAACAGCUCGUUUGGUGCUGCUUACCUUGUGUGGAUGGGUGCUUUGUUGGACUCUGGUCAAUCUUUUCCGAAGUCAUUCAGUCCUCAAUCUCCUUUUCCUUGGCUACCCGUUUGGUGUUUAUGUGCCUCUCUGCUGUUUCCAUCAAGAUAGUAGAGCACAUCUUCUUCCAACGGACUAUAACUAUGUGGUUCAGCACCAAGUGGUGGAGGAAAGUUCCUCCACUAUGGGUGGCUUGGCCAAAUCCAAAGACUUCAUUUCCUUGUUGCGAGAGUCUCUGAAAGAACAAUUUAAUAAUGCCACACCCAUCCCCACUCACAGCUGUCCUUUGUCACCAGACCUCAUCCGUAAUGAGGUAGAAUGUUUAAAAGCAGAUUUCAACCACAGGAUCAAGGAAGUCCUCUUCAAUUCCCUCUUCAGUGCCUACUACGUUGCAUUUCUGCCACUCUGUUUUGUGAAGAGUACCCAGUACUAUGACAUGCGCUGGUCAUGUGAGCACCUCAUUAUGGUAUGGAUUAAUGCCUUUGUCAUGCUCACCACACAGCUGCUACCAUCUAAAUACUGUGAUUUACUGCACAAAUCAGCUGCUCACCUGGGCAAAUGGCAGAAACUUGAACAUGGGUCCUACAGCAAUGCUCCACAACACAUAUGGUCAGAAAGUACGAUAUGGCCUCAGGGUGUGCUGGUACGACAUAGUCGCUGUUUGUAUAGAGCUGUGGGGCCUUAUAACGUAGCAGUGCCUUCAGAUGUCUCCCAUGCUCGUUUUUAUUUUCUCUUUCAUCGUCCAUUAAGGCUGUUAAAUCUGCUCAUCCUUAUUGAGGGAAGUGUUGUCUGCUACCAACUUUAUUCCCUACUUCGGUCAGAGAAAUGGAAUCACACACUUUCCAUGGCCCUCAUCCUCUUCUGCAAUUACUACGUCUUAUUUAAACUCCUCCGGGACCGAAUAGUAUUAGGCAGAGCAUAUUCCUACCCGCUCAACAGUUACGAACUCAAGGCAAAUUAAGCUGCCUGGCCAACAGUGAGGGAAAACCCAGAUAAAAAUAUUUUCAUACAGUUCUAUUUUUUUUUUUCUCGCAAUGUUUAUAAAUAUUUAAGAUAUUUUAUAUUUUGUAUACUAUGUGUUUUGAAAGGUGGGAAGGGUAAGGGCUAUUAAAUGUCUCCAUAAACAAGGUGAUGUGCUUUUUUUUCCUGUGUUAAUUGUUUUUCUGUGUAUGUGAGGUCGUGAAUAUAGAGAAACUGAUUGUGAAAUGAAGUUCAUUGUUUUAAAGUCACAUUUUGUGUUUUAAGUUGGGCAAUGACUUUGCUACAUCUUUCUUUCUUAAUUCUUUUCCUUACAUAAGGACUCCUUUUCCCCAAGAUAAAUAGAGCUUUCCUUUUGUGGCUCCUUUUUUUUUUUCUAUUGCCAGUAAUGAAAUCUGGAGAGAAGGAUAGAGAUUACUGAAUCAGGACAGCAAUGAGAAAAAUUACUAGGACAAGUUUUAGGUGCCCUAUAAUGGUAUAUUGAGCCCCAUGGUCACAUUUCACUAUCAUGGAGUUUGUCACCCUCUUCCUUCUCACUAAUUUAUUUAUUCAUUAAUAAGUGUUUAUAGAGAACCCGGUAUAUAUACCUUUUUAUUUAGUGCUGUAUGAGAUAGAAAAAUAAAAGAAAUGAUCUCUACCCUUGAGAAUUUACAUUGCAACUUGGGGAGUAAGAUGAACAUCAUGAAAUAAGAGAAAAGUAAGUGUAAGUCAUUAUAUAAUCAAUUAAUGAUAUAUUAUGAAAUGAGUGAUCAGAGCUGAUCAAAGAAAGAAUUAAUCUCUUAGAGAAAAAUGAAUAACAGACCAGGAUUAGUGGAGGUUAGACUCUAGUUAAUGAAGGAGAAAUAAUAUGAUUUUCUUUGCUUACUCAUGUUCAUAAUCAUUCAUACUAUUUUAUUUCCAUAUUUUGUUCCCUCUAUAGACCAAUUUUUGUCAUUUGUGCCUUUCUCUUACAUAUGUUUAUGGAUAUAGUUUUUCUGAAUUGUCAGUGACAUCAAAUUUUUGUUUAUCUAAGAAUGAUAAUCUAAAUUGAUGUUUAUUCAGGCCAGAGCCUGCUUCAAAGCUAAUACCUAUACUUGUUUGUUGUUGCUAAUGAAAAGAGCCAGGUUAAUUAGAGGAUAAUAUAUUAGGAGUUGCUACCAAACAGAAAAUAAUUGGGUAUGGUAUCUGUGUAUAUGUGUAUAAAAAACAAGUCUAUAUAUAACCAUGUCAUAUUAGGAAUCAUCAUGGUUAAAUCUAUACAUAGCUAACAUCUACAGUGAGAGGAAAACUAACGUUCCAUUAUGUUCUUAUUUGCUUCUCUUCGCAAAAAUAAUUAUUAAAGUGGUUGUGCUUUACAGGGCUUUAAUGAUUUUAAAACUAUUUUUAAAAAUUUUCCAACUAUUUAACACUAGUAAUCUUUGCCCAAAUGUGCUUACACUCUGGACAUGACUUUCAAAAAACAAGGGUUACUCCCUUGUGAUGGAUUAGGCAUUGGAAUAGGAUUUCAUUGUAUAUUUAGCCAAUGGAAAGCUCAUAGAACCAAAUGUCCCCUGUAAAGUAGCCAAUUUAUUGGUUAUUCCAAAUUGAAAUUAGAAGAAAUCCAGAAGUGUUUUGGACAAUGGCAGUAUCUUUGAAAUCAGGAAACUAUUUGGCAUGAGUUAUAUCUUGAACCAGAGUAGACAUAAAAAAAAGUAAAGUAAAAGUAAAAGAAGGUAGAGAAAAGCAGGUUGGAGUGGUUUGUGGUGGGGGUUCUCAGGAAAUCCUGAGAUGGAUGAAUGUCACUUCCCCCCCCCCCCCCCAUUCUUAACUAGGGUGGGAUAUACAGUUAUCUCAGACUUAAGGAUGUCCCCUCCUCUUGAGUCCUAACCUGCUAAGGCCUAGAAUUUCUAUUAAAAAUUCAUUCCAUUGAAUCUUGAAAACUUGGGUUUUCUGGAAUCCAUUUUGAAAUGUUCAUAUUUAUGACCUCUAAAUCUGUUCUUCUCAACUAACAACCUUAAAGAGAUUAACUAAAGGUGAAAUUCAGUGACCAAAGGGUAGGGAGGAGAAAAUGACUUCUAGACAAACUUGAUGAUUUCCAAAGUUUGUUCAAAGCUAACUUUAGUUACUAAAGUAGAAAUCUUGAGAACAUUGAAGGGAAAUGACUGAUCAUUUCAUCUUAGAAUUCAUAUCUGAAAAAAAAGAAAAGCCAAGCAAAGUCAGACAUGCACCUUAGACUUUGGAAGAACAGAUUUCAGAAUGGAAAGAUAAUUGGGCUCCCCUGACCUAAAUUUCUAUGGAUGAAGCUGGUCCAGAUAGGAUGGGAAAAUUAUUUAGAAUAUAUCCCUAGGAAGUCAAAAGCAGAUUAAUCAUCAAAAGCACUUUUGAUCAUGGAAACAGAAUCAUACUAGGUGUUAAAUUAACAAAUGAUUGAAUUGGGGUAUAUGAAUGUAAUGGUAUAUUGUUAUAAUGCAACAAAUAACAAAUACGAGGGAUUCAGACAAACUUGGAAAGCUAUAUGAAUUGUUACAGAGUGAAGAGUCAAGAGAAUGUAUGCAACUUAAAAUGGUAUAAGACACUAUACUAAAACAUUAGAACACAUUUAACCUAAUGACUAAUCUUUAUUCCAUAUGAUUGCUGAUCUUGACAAAAUUCUAAAAUAUUAAAGUAUGAAUAUGUCAGCAUUUAGAAAGAAAAAUGUGAUCACAAAGAACCAGCAUGACUUCAUCAAGAACAUAUGCCAGAAUGAUAUCAUUUUCGUCUUUGAUGUGGUUAUUAAAGUAGUUUAGAGGAAUGUUCUGUUCUUUCUAAUACAUUUAAGCAAAGUAUUUGACCAAAGUCUCUCAUACUUUGCGGAGCUGUAUGGCCUAGUUCAGUUGAAACUGAAUGAUGACCCAGAAAAUUGUCAAUGAAAUGACAUCAAGGUGUUGGGAGAAGAGGGGACUCUCCAUAUUCACAAAAUUACUGCUUGGCUGAAGGCAUAGAUAGCAGUUUUCAAAUUUGUGAAUGAUAGUAUCUCAUAGUCAAAAUGAUAAACCUAAUUGUACUUUAGACUUGGGUUAAAAAGGAUUAGCUUUACAAAUAAAUAUAAAAGUACUGUGGUUAGACAUUGUGGAGAAAAGAUUUGGGGGUUGUUGAGGAGACUACAAGAUAAAUAGUCAGCAAUAUGACUCUGAAAAGCUAAUACUGUCUUCAGAUCCAUUAACCUGAAUGAAAUGACAAUCCUACUAUGCUUUGAUUUGGAAUAUUGUGCUUAGUUCUGGUUGUCAUAUUUUAAGAAGGACCAAUAUUGACAAACUUGUUUCUACAAUAGAUAAACAGAAUUGUGAUUACUAACCAUGCUAUAGGAAAAUUGACUGAAGAAAUAGGAUAUUUAUACUUGAGGGGAAGGGGGACAAAUAAAUAGCUGCCUUUAAAUGUUUAUGGAAAAGGGAUUGGAGUUGUAUUGCUUCAUCCUGGAGAACCAAACCAAGAUAGAAGUUAUAAAGUUUGAUGUAAGGAAAAACUAUGCCUGGCAUUUAGCAUUCUCUCAGUUAACUGGGUUGCUGUGGGAGGUGGUAUAUCUCCUUUCAUUGGAAAUUUUUAAGCAAAGGCUAUAUGGCCAUGUG